GCUGGAAAUACUUUCUGCAAACAGGAUAUUCUUUAUUAUCCCUUGCUGGAGUAAUUUCUAAAAAACCCUAGAUGGUAGCUUUUUAUUACUUCCGUUUCGGUGGCAGGACAGAGACAAAGUUUCCGAUGUUAUGAAUUAUACAUUCAAACAAUAACACAUUAAUUCAAUUAUUCAAAGAUGACAAAUGUUUAUGUGCUUUGGUAGUGACUAAGGAACAGAUUUGCUACUUCACCAGAACUCCUACGUUUUUAUCAAUGAAGUUUUAUAUUAUCCUGCUGGUCCGGGAAAGAAACCAAACUCCACCAAGGCGCGCAGUAAAAUGGACCCGACCAUAAAUCGAAGCCCUUUCAUAAGAGCGUUUAUUCCUGCAUAUAGCCCGGGCUAUUUUAUCAGUUUGACAAUUGCCGGAGUUGUUGUUAUAAAUCAUCAUAAGUAAUUCCUGAAAGGGUGCGAGGCUGCUGGGGGGCGGGCGGAGACUGUAAAUCUUUCUGUUUUAUUGCUCUAUGAACAUAUGCUCCGAUUGAAGAAGUCUUAGAUCCUUUACUGGAGACAAAUUCACGCAAAGCUGGAGUCCCACCAGCUCCGAGGAUUAACAUUUCCUUAAUACUUUCUUAGUCCCCUCUGCGAUGUCUUAAUUCUGGUGGCGAGGGCGCUCCUUUCUUCCUGCCGGCCUCCAUUUUUACCUUAAAUUUCACAUUUUUUAGCCCUAGCCUCCGAGCAGCCACCUCGCGGCCGCGGGACUUUUUCCAGGGCUUUCCGAGCUGCCCCCCGAGGAGGCAUUUUCUUCCCCAGCCUCCUCGUGCUCUGGGCUCGACUGGAGCCCAACUUUCCCCUCUCUGUGGUGUGUGGGAAGAGAAAGACCUCGUCGUCAUCCCAAAUGCCCGAAGCCCUGCAGAAGAGCCUUCGGCCGUGUGUGUACACACGCGAGCGUGCACAGGGGCAUGCGGGGCUCCGCGUGUGUACACACGGGCGCGGGGGCUCCGCGAAAGUACACAGACGCCGAAAUAUAUGGCUGACGGAAAAGGAUAUAAAGAACCAUUCCCUCUUACUUGAGGCGAGAUUUAAGUGCAUCAUUUCGAAGAAAUAUAGGAUUAUAAAUCCGAAGCCGUACACAAUAAUUUACAUUGAACUUACGCUUCCAUCACCGGACUCCAAUCUUUUUAUAACUGGUUUGCAAAGUCAGGAAAAGCAAUGUAAUUUAGAUAAAUGUUACAAUGCACUUACGGUUAGUAUUGUAAGGUAAUACGUUACUGUCACAUCCCCGUGCUUUGGAUGGUAAUGAAAUCAUAGCAGAUGUUAGAUUAGGUGUGGUGUAUUUAUAGCUACUGAUAUGUUAGAAAAUCAAACAGAGAAGCUAAUAUAUAUGUAUUUUGCCGAACUGGAAUUGUUGGGGAGCUUUGUGGGCACACAUGACGGAUAUACACCGGGGUUGCUCCGUGUCUCUACACACACACGGAGAGGGGAGGCAGGCUCAGGGCAGACAUACACACGCACAAAUGUCAUGAGUUUUUUUUUUUUUUUUUUUUUUUUUUUUUUUUUUUUUUUUCCCCGACGCUUCUUUAGCCUCCAGACAUCCAGACAGGGGUAGUCCCAGCAGCCCAGCAUUUUUCCCGGGACGGAGAAGGAGAAACCCAAAAACCCGCGCUUGCCGGUCGGCCCGGGCGCCUUGCCGCCGGAACAGCGCUGCUGCCGAGCUGCCCGAGGCUCAGGCGGUGGGGUGCAGCCGGUCCCCAAUUCCUCCUCUCGCUCCACUCCCUGGCCGUACCCGGCGGAGUUCACCUCUUCCCCGGCGCUCGGGCGGGCGCGGAGCGGCCCCGCCAGCCCCGCGGGGAGCUUGAGCCUGUGCCUGUUUUCGUUCUAUCGGGAAUUCUGGAGUGUGGAAAUGUCUGUAAAACCGCAAGAUCAGGCUUAGGACAGUAUUGUCUGCAGACAAAGGGUGAAGGAUAUAUUCUAAAAGCUGCAAGCACAGAUCCUGAAAAGUGAGGAGCCCAGGUUUAUGAUAAAUUGACACACAGGUCCGUGCCCGAGGAUUAUCCCAAGGAACCUGAAGAUCCUACACACACUGUUAAAGUCAAAAUUCAAGAAAAAACAUAAGUGUGGUGGCUCCCGCGGCGGCGAGUGGCCCAGGCCGACGACGUGAGGCGCGGGGAGGCAGUCAAUGAUAUUUGAGCAGGGGCCGCGGGCCUUGGCGAUCGCAGAGUGCAAGAUGCAGAAAGCCGCCUACUACGACAACGCGGGGCUCUUCGGGGGCUACACGUACAGCAAGGCCGACACCUACCCCUACGGCGCGGCCCACCAGCCCUACGGCCCGGCCGGCCUGGACGGCGAGUACCCCGCCUCCGCCUGCUCCGUCCAGGGCUCGGCGCCCGGCCGCGGCCCGGCGCACAAGGGCAGCGAGCUGAACGGCAGCUGCAUGAGGACGGCGGGGGGCGGCCCCGGGGGCAGCCAGCCCCCGGGCAUGGGCGAGCAGCAGCCCCCGGCGCUGCCACCCUCCUCCCCGCCCAACCCUCCCAGCGCGCCCCCUCCGAAAAAAGCUAAGGGGGGCCCCAACUCCUCGGGCUCCGCCACCGCCACCCUCAGCAAGCAGAUAUUCCCCUGGAUGAAGGAGUCCCGGCAGAACUCCAAGCAGAAAAGCACCUGCCCCCCCUCAGGAGAGAGCUGCGAGGACAAGAGCCCCCCCGGGCCGGCCUCCAAGCGGGUGCGCACAGCCUACACCAGCGCGCAGCUGGUGGAGCUGGAGAAGGAGUUCCACUUCAACCGCUACCUGUGCCGGCCGCGCCGAGUGGAGAUGGCCAACCUGCUGAACCUGACCGAGCGGCAGAUCAAGAUCUGGUUCCAGAACCGCAGGAUGAAGUACAAAAAGGACCAGAAAGCCAAAGGGAUCAUGCACUCCCCCGUGGGGCAGUCCCCGGACCGCAGCCCCCCCCUGAGCGGUCCGAACCACGUCGGCUACUCCAGCCAGCUCCCCGGCGUCAACAGCCUCAGCUACGACACCCCCUCGCCCACCUCCUUCGCCAAGUCCCAGCAGAGCAUGUACGGGCUGGCCGCCUACACGGCGCCGCUGAGCAGCUGCCUGCCGCAGCAGAAGCGCUACGCGGGCGCGGAGUACGACCCGCACCCCCUGCAGAGCAGCGGCGGCUUCGCCAACCCCGGCCUGCAGGGCAGCCCCGUCUACGUCGGGGGCAACUUCGUGGACUCGAUGCCGGCCUCGGGCCCCAUGUUCAACCUGGGGCACCUGCAGCACCCCUCCUCCGCCAGCGUGGACUACAGCUGCGCCGCGCAGAUCCCCGGCAGCCACCACCACGGACCUUGCGACCCCCACCCCACCUACACGGACCUCUCCUCUCACCACACGUCUCAGGGACGGAUGCAGGAGGCGCCCAAGCUCACGCAUCUGUAG